UGGCUGCUCCUCGCACGCAUUUCAACUGCUGCCGCCGCAACGGAUGGAGCGGAGCACCAGCAGCCAGCGUGAGAGGCGCCCCCGACCAUUUUCCAACCCGUCAAAUUAGCUCGCAUCUCGGCGAUAGAAACGCCCUCCUUCAGGGUAGAGAGGUUCAGCUUCCGCCUCGAAGACAUCGAUUCUCAUUUUUAGGGCGUGUGUCAGCUGGCAGGAGGAGAACAUUUGAACUAUUCCAUGUGGGUUUAGUGAAGACAUUUUAGCUGGUUGAGGAUGGGCUGCACGCUGAGCACCGAGGACAAGGCGGCGGUGGAGCGGAGCAAAAUGAUCGACAGGAACCUGAGGGACGACGGCGAGAAGGCGGCGCGGGAGGUCAAGCUGCUGCUGCUGGGUGCCGGCGAGUCGGGCAAGAGCACCAUCGUCAAGCAGAUGAAGAUCAUCCACGAGGCGGGCUACUCGCGAGAGGAGUGCAAGCAGUACAAGGCGGUGGUCUACAGCAACACUAUCCAGUCCAUCAUCGCCAUCAUCAGGGCCAUGGGCCGCCUCAAGAUCGACUUUGGCGACGCCGCCAGAGCCGACGACGCACGGCAGCUCUUUGUGCUGGCCGGAUCCGCCGAGGAGGGCUUCAUGACGACGGAACUGGCCGGCGUCAUCAAGCGGCUGUGGCAGGACGCCGGCGUCCGGGCCUGCUUCGGACGCUCGCGCGAGUACCAGCUCAACGACUCGGCCGCGUACUACCUGAACGACCUGGAGCGCAUCUCGCAGGGCUUUUACAUCCCCACGCAGCAGGACGUGCUGCGCACCCGCGUCAAGACCACCGGCAUCGUGGAGACGCAUUUCACCUUCAAGGACCUCCACUUCAAGAUGUUCGACGUGGGCGGCCAGCGGUCCGAGCGCAAAAAGUGGAUCCAUUGCUUCGAGGGCGUGACCGCCAUCAUCUUCUGCGUGGCGCUCAGCGACUACGACCUGGUGCUGGCCGAGGACGAGGAGAUGAACCGAAUGCACGAGAGCAUGAAGCUUUUCGACAGCAUCUGCAACAACAAGUGGUUCACCGACACAUCCAUCAUCCUCUUUCUCAACAAGAAGGACCUCUUUGAGGAGAAGAUCAAGAUGAGCCCGCUCACCAUCUGCUACCCGGAGUAUCCAGGCUCCAACACGUACGAGGAGGCGGCGGCCUACAUCCAGUGUCAGUUUGAAGACCUGAACAAGCGCAAGGACACUAAGGAGAUCUACACGCACUUCACGUGCGCCACCGACACCAGGAAUGUGCAGUUUGUCUUUGACGCCGUCACCGACGUCAUCAUCAAGAACAACCUGAAAGACUGCGGCCUAUUCUGAGAGCCGUCGCCGCCGCCGCUCUUUCUUACUCCAGGUUGCAUUUUUGUUGAAGGAAUGUCCAUGGAGCGGGGCAGAGGCGUUCCCCCGACCCCACCACGCCCCCCCCCCCCCCCCCCUCCCCUCGGCCACGCGCUGUACAGUAACGCCGCCUUUAACAGCUUUAUUUAUGUUAUUGUCUCGGGACACUUUGUGUCAGGUGUUUUUAUCGUUAUCAAACCGGCGGGCUUCUACUUUUUUUUUCUCUUUUUUUUUUUUUUUUUUACUUUUACUCGAGGAAAGGCUUUGACUUUUUUUAUCUUGAAAAAUGGCGACGGGUGUGUAGCCAGAACACCCCCCACCACCACCACCUGCAAUAUUGUUACAUUCAGAUUCAGGAUUUUUUCUUUUUAAACUCUAUAAAAAUCUCCAUUGGGGGGCGUGGCACCUUAUAUAUUUUCCUAUUUUUUGCAAGGAUCGGGAGCGCAGCCAUUUUGUUUUAUUAUCCCCCGCAAGAUGACAGAGGUUCUGCUGCGCUCGCUCGGCAUUAUUUUUUUUCCUGUGAGGUGGGGGCGGGGGUGGACACUGUACAUCACUGAACCUUUGCAUAAUCAUCUCCUUUAUUUUGAUAAUAAAAAAAAAAGAAAACAGGAAAACUUUCUACAAGCAAUCA